CGCAAUUAUCUCGGGAACCUCCUUUUUUUUUUUCUACUGGAAGGAAACCUCACUCCAAAUUAGACAGCACUACAUCGCCAGCUUCCUUUAUAGCAUCUUUCCCAACAUCAAUUUCACUAUUUCGACAUUUUUGAGCCUUUGAGGCACAGACCUUCACUGCCAAAUUUAGCGUCUCCCCUUGCAUCAUCGAUUUGGAUCCCUUUUCUCUCUCCCGGAUUCCAUCACCACUGACGGAGUAUUCCCAUUCACCCACAAAGUCGAGGACGAAAGCGAGGUUCUCGAGGAGUUAUCAACUUCUAGAAAAGUCACGAACUCAUAAUCUUGCUACUUUCCCCCGGAUCUGGUCUCAACUGCAAUCGAUAUGAGCUCAUCAACUUCGGACGUAGAGUCCGUCAUGUCCGCUAAUCAGCGGCUUGACACCAGUGCCCCUUCCUCACCACCGCGGGAUGAGAGUGUUGAGCCCAUGGAUUCUGAGUUCGCUCUUAUAAUGAAGGAAGAGGCGAGGGCCAAAGCAGACAAUAACAAGAAAAACAAAGCCGCACAGAAGUCUCAGAACCUGAAGAACCGCAGGAAGCGCAAGAAUGAGCUCUCCAAAGAGGAGAAGCUCAAGUUGGCCAAGGAGCUGGAUGAACUGCUCAAGAAGUCUCAGGCGUUCAGCAAGAUGCUCAUGGAAAAGACUCAGGCGAUGGGUCGGGUUGGUACAAGCUUGGAGGGUGAAACCUUGGGUGACCACAGUCUAUCACUGACUGCCCAACCCAAGAUCAUGAAGGGUGGCACCAUGCGAGACUACCAGCUGGAAGGACUUACUUGGAUGCGGGAAGUAUGCCUUCAGGGCUUGUCUGGUAUUCUCGCUGAUGAGAUGGGUCUUGGCAAGACGGUUCAGACCAUCUCGUUGAUUGCCAACUUGAGAGAGGAAAACUACCUUGGCCCCCAUCUCAUCGUUGCACCCUUGAGUACUCUCUCAAAUUGGAUGGACGAGUUUGAGAAAUGGUGUCCUUCCCUUCCUGUCGUUCUCUUUCACGGAGACGCUCAGAAGCGCGCGGAAAUCAAGAGGAAACACUUGACGCCAAAUAUGAAGAACGGCAACCCCACCAAGAAGUUCCCUGUGGUGUGCACAUCUUACGAGAUGGUUCUAAGAGAAAGGGCUACUUUGAGCAAGUUCAAUUGGGCUUUCAUCAUCAUUGACGAAGGCCACCGCAUGAAGAAUUUCGAGUCCAAGCUGUUCCAAGAGCUGGAGACUUUUGCAUCAGCUACUCGUAUGCUCAUCACGGGAACACCUCUGCAGAACAACCUGAAAGAGCUUUGGGCUCUUCUUCAUUUCCUACUGCCUAUGAUCUUCAAGAGCUACGAGGCUUUUGAGGCAUGGUUUGACUUUGACGACCUCCAGGACGAAGAGGGCGCGCAGGAGUUCAUUGCCGAUCGCGAGAAUCAGGAGCUGAUCAAGAAGAUUCACGUCAUUCUUCAACCACUUCUUCUGCGUCGCGUCAAGGCAGAUGUUGCCGCGCAUCUUCCCAAGAAGCGGGAAUACGUUCUGUUUGCGCCAAUGACAAAGGAGCAGACUGAUAUGUAUAAUGCCAUCAACGACAAGGAUGUCGAUACUCGCGCCUUCUUGGAGAAGAUGGUCAUCGACCGUCUCAGUGCCAUCGCUCCUCCUGUCAAGAAGGAGAAAAUCUCUGCCAAGAAGCUUGAAAUUCCGAUCCGAAGUAGUCCUAGAAAGACUAAGGGCGAGGCAGCGCCGGAGACCAAGAAACCUAAUGCGUUCUCGGCAAUGAUGAACCGGGCUAGAAGCUCGUCUUCCAAGCCCCAAGAAACCAUCAAAGCAACGUCAAAAGCCUCAUCAAAGGCAUCCUCCCGGGCUGGCUCCAAGCGCAAGGAAGCACCCACUCUCGAAACCCCACAAUCCAAGAGUGCCAAGUCAUCGAGACAGUCGACACCCUCGACUACUACCCGAGGCCGGGUCACCCGUGGCCGUCGACGCUAUGUUGACUCCGACCCUGACGACGAGGAUAAGCUCUCUGAUGAUGAGUUCGAGGCCAAGCUGGCCCGGGAGGCAGAGGAAGCCGACCAGAAUGACGAUGAUUCUGCCCCCGCUCUUUCCCCUGAGGAACAACACCAGGUCAACAUUCUCGAGCAGGCGAAGAAGGAGAUGUCAACUAAGAAGCUUGGAAACCCCAUCAUGCAACUUCGUCUUGUGUGCAACUCCCCGCACAACUUCUUCGAUCCUUGGGGCUACGAGGGUAGUCCUCCCGUUGACGAGAGCAUUGUCACAUCAUCCGGCAAGAUGCUGAUGCUUGAUCGUCUCCUUCCUGCCUUGUUCAGCAAGGGCCAUAAGGUCUUGAUCUUCUCCCAGUUCAAGACUCAACUUGACAUCCUUCAAGACUACUGCGAGCUUCGGAAGUGGAAGGCCUGCCGAUUAGACGGAUCCGUCUCGCAGGAAAGUCGCCGCGACCAAAUCAAGGAGUUCAACGAGAACCCCGAGUUCAAGAUCUUCCUGCUUUCCACGCGCGCCGGCGGUCAGGGCAUCAACCUGGCGAGUGCCGAUACUGUGAUUCUCUUCGACAGUGACUGGAAUCCGCAGCAGGAUCUCCAGGCGCAGGACCGCUGCCACCGAAUCGGCCAGACUCGCCCCGUCAUUGUCUACCGUCUCGCCACCAAGGGCACCGUUGAGGAGGAGCUUCUCAUGAGCGCUGACGCCAAGCGUCGUCUCGAGAAGUUAAUCAUCAAGAAGGGAUCCUUUAAGACGAUGGGCCAGAAGAUUGACCUGAAAGAAGACCUUGACGGCGAGACGCUCAAGUCUCUGCUGCUGAAGGAUGGUCAGAUCUUUAAGUACUCCGGUGAUCACGAGGUCCUCAGUGACAAGGAUCUCGACGUUCUAUGCAACAGAAGCGACGACGCCUACUCCAAGGCGGCUGAGGGCACCGCGAACGCCGACGGCUACAAGGUCAUUGAGACUAGCUCCGACGGCAUCAUCAUUGCUGGACAGUCGGCCGCUUAAUGUUGUGCAGCCUACCAUAUCCCCUCUUUCGAACUUGUACCGGCAAGACGGCGACUCACCUGGUAUGGCGUGUCCAUCGCUGCCAUACGCUUCUGUCGAUCGAACCCAACACCGCGGAGAAUAGCAUGAUCCUGUGAAGCAUUGUACAAAGAUCCUUCAGCAGAUGAUGCUGGAUGAUGACAACGAGAGGCGAGGAUGCUUUUUUACAAGGGCCAAAAGUAGGCCACGGAUCAAUCACUUUGCUAGAAUAGAGGGCCAUCCUCACAAUCAUGUAUUCUGGAUCGGAUUUGCCCAUCUCUUGGAUGGCUACCGGUUCCCAUUCUUGUACUAUGUACCUUUGGCGUUUGAUACCCC